GUAUGUGCUUCGCCACUCUGCACUGCACUGCAACAUCACGGCUCAAAAUGUUGUACACCACAUACUCGUCAGCAUUAUCACCGCAACGCCACACACACCCGCACGCUCACACGCCCACACAGGUGAAGUCGGACUCCAUGGCGCUGUUCCUGCGCUCACCAGGCGACCCCAUACCCGAGGACAUAACCGGAGGCGGCGGUGCAGGCGGCGGCGGCGGCGGCGGCGGGCAGCAAGACGACCGGCCGCUGUCCUUCUUCGGCGUGCAGGACGGCACGGAGGUGCUCGUGGACGAGAUCGACCCCGAGGCUCUCAAGCGGGCUGACGAGGACGCGCGCGCUGCGGCCAGUGCGGCGCACGAGCAGCGGCUGGCGGAGCAGCUCAGGGCGGCGGAUCGUCUGCAGGCCGAGUUUGCGCGCAGCAUGGGCCUUCAGCAGCAGCAGCAGCAGCAGCAGCAGCAGGGGGCGGCGGGGGCUCCGGAGCAGCAACAGUAGGGCCCACGCGCCAGACCUUCUGACCUCAACAGCGCAGUCACCACCUGGCGGGGCGGGAUGCUACUCAUUGAGUGGGCUGGUUUGGCGUGCGUCACAAAUCGACAUGGUACGGUCAUGUGAUACAUCGGUGGCAGCCACCAAAUGGGUGGAGAGGCGCGUGCGAAGAGCGAGGGUGCAAAAUGCUGGUUGGCGUGUGCAGGUGACCUCGGAGAUUGACUCGCUGCAGGUGGGCAUUUGAUACUUGCGAGAUGAGGAGUAGGGGCAGUUCGACAAGGGGACACCUUUGGCCCAGGACAGAGGUGGACGCCGGCCGCCGGCCUGCUUGGGAGGGAGAGGCGGGCGAGCUGCUGUGUGGAGGUGUGGAGGGCAGCGCGCACAGGUGGUUGGCCGCGGGGUGCAAGGGGUAUUUGUAGCCGCCCAAUUGUAGGCUGUUUCAAAUCUACUCGGUAAGGUCUUGUUUGUGACUGAUGAGGACGCUGUUAGGCGCAUGCCUAGCUCAUCCGCAACACCACGCGGAAUGAGCGCGAAAUGAGUCGGGCCAAGAACCCAUAACGCGUUUCCCACCACCACGC